GAGGCCCAGCCAUCCCUUGUACACAUUCAAAGCUAUCCUCGCGAUGCUCUGGUGACGCUGACCCGAUCGAUCCCUUGCGCCGACCACUUCUACCUCCCUACCAACCAACCGUCUAAACCCGGAGCCUCAGAAGCUGUCGACAUGCCUCCGCCUAUUCGACUUGGCACUAACAAGCGGACUCUCGAGGAGAUCGCGCAACAGGAAGACCCUGAUGAUGAUGACUAUGAUGAUAGAGCGCCCGGCCCAUCAUCCAAGCCGCGCCAUCACAAGUCUAGGCAAAGUGGCCCUCCUGCCCGCAAGAAGCAGAGACGUGGUAAAUAUAGAGGCUCGGAUGUCGAUAGUGACGACGAAGAACUCUUGAGCGACAGCGAAUCUUUUGAUGAGGAAGAAUCAGAAGACGAGAUAGAGACAAACGAGAAAGGGAGACCCGUCCGAAGAAGUGCCAAGAAAGCAGUGAAGUAUGAGGAAUCGGACAACGAAGACGAACUAUCCAAGUCACCCUCGCCAGAACUGCGAACACCACCCAAGAGAGGCGCUAGAAAGCUGAUAAUCACUCUCAAAACCACACCUGGUCGACCUUUGCGUAACUUGAGGAGCGGAAGUUACGGCAGUAAACAGCCCAUAAGCUCAUCAGCUGCAGCGCCCGACGGACCGAGAAGGAGGAGCAGACGAUUGUCUCACGACGAAGAAGAACCCAUGUUUGCCUUGACGAAUUCGGGCAAUCACGCCGAGGUAACGCGAGCAGGCUCUCGGGACCCGGAAGUUUUACCUACAAGGGCGACAAGAGGUGGCAAAGGCAUGAAAUACCCAUCGAAGAGCACCAUUGACGAAGAGUCACAACCAAUGGCCACUGAAGAAGGAGGUGAAGAAAUAGGUGAAGAAGAGCUUGAGAUUAAAGCAUCACAGCAUGAGCUUCUGCAAAGUGACCCUCAUGUUGCAGAGGAGCCUCAGGGACAACUCCCCAACAUAAUGUCAGACAUCUAUGCGCAUGCCGAAGCCGAAAGCGACGGUGAUGGUGAAGGUGACUUUGGAACAAUGGAAGCUCCUGCUACUCAAGAAGACGCACCAGCCGAGGAAGUAGCAGGUGAUGAUGUUGAGGAUGACGACGAUGAUGUCGUGCCCCGUGGUCGACUGACUCGUGGUGCUGCCAAGAGGCAAGCAGAGUCUCCGGAUUUUGAGCCUGAACAGUCACCCAAGCGUCUCCGAGGCCGGGGUCUUAGAGGUGAAGCGAAAGAGACAACGUCACAGAGUCGGCGGCGAAAAGGGCAAGAUGAGAGCAGUGACUUUGAUCCAGAUCAGGAACAGGCAAAUCAAGAUGAGAUGUCGAGCUCCAGUGAGUCAGAGGCGUCUCCACGGAAGAAUGAUGACUUCGAAAGUAGCAACAACGGCCGAAGAUCUACUCGACUUCGCAGCAAGGCGGCAUCUCGUCAGACAUCAGAGGACAGCGCUGACGAGCUUGCUGCAGAGGUCGCAGAUCUUAAGAAAGAAGAGAGGAAGAAACGACGUGAAAGAGAGGAGAUUAUCUUCGAACCACGCCAAAGACGGGCCCGUGAUGGCAAGAAACCGAAUUACGACCUGCUGAGAAAUCUUGCCCCUAUUGAGGACGAGGAAGAAGCUGCACCUUCCCCUUCACAACAACGACCUCGCAGAGCAGCCGGUGGCGGAUGGCAAAGAAGCUUGUUCAAUACCUAUGGGCCGUUCGGUGGAGGCGGGAGUGCGGCGCCGGUACUUGGGGGCGGUGUUCCACGAGCGCAAGGCGGCGUCGACUCUGAUAGCAGUGACGACGAAGUGAUGAAGCAGCCGAGGCCUGUGGGUGGCACAGUAGGAAUGACACCGACUGCUGCUGGCGCACCCAGUCUCUUCCCCCAACCCCUCAAUGCGGAUCCAGCGCAAGCCACUGGUGGGACGCCAGCAAAUCUGGGCAAGCUCAAAGACAAACAAGCUCUGGCAGAUGCCGAUCCUCUCGGAGUCGACCAAAAUGUCGAUUUCGACAGUGUAGGAGGCCUCCAGGGACACAUUGACCAGCUGAAAGAGAUGGUCGCCCUGCCAUUGCUUUACCCGGAGAUCUUCAUGCGAUUCAAGAUCACCCCACCUCGUGGCGUCUUGUUCCACGGGCCGCCUGGAACGGGUAAGACGCUGCUUGCUCGAGCCUUGGCUACUAGUGUCAGCUCGCAAGGCCGAAAAGUGACCUUCUAUAUGCGAAAGGGUGCAGAUGCCCUUAGCAAGUGGGUGGGUGAAGCUGAGCGGCAACUGCGUUUGUUGUUCGAAGAAGCUCGAAAGAAUCAGCCGAGUAUCAUUUUCUUCGAUGAAAUUGAUGGUCUAGCACCGGUUCGGUCUAGUAAGCAAGAACAGAUUCAUGCCUCCAUCGUGUCGACCCUGCUGGCGUUGAUGGAUGGCAUGGAUGGGAGAGGUCAGGUUGUGGUGAUUGGGGCCACGAAUAGGCCUGAUUCGAUUGACCCAGCUUUGAGAAGACCGGGUAGAUUUGACCGGGAGUUCUACUUCCCGCUCCCCAAUACCGAUGCUCGACGUUCGAUCAUUGAUAUCCACACGCGUGGCUGGGAUCCUCCCUUGCCUCCAGCGAUCAAGGAUGAGCUGGCUGAGAUGACAAAAGGCUAUGGUGGUGCAGACCUUCGUGCGCUGUGCACCGAAGCUGCUUUGAACGCUGUUCAGAGACGCUAUCCGCAAAUCUACAACUCCACGCAAAAGUUGAUCAUUGAUCCGAAGACAAUCGAGGUGACGCCAAAAGAUUUCAUGAUCUCCAUUAAGAAGAUGACGCCUUCCUCUGAACGAUCGACCUCGUCCGGGGCUUCGACACUACCACCUAGCGUUGCACCACUGCUGAGUGCCAAGCUGAAAGAGAUAGAAGGAUUAUUGGCAGAAAUCAUGCCACGGCAGAAGAAGCUGACAGCGCUAGAAGAGGCUCAAUUUGAAGAUGCUGCUGAUGGUCACAGCUUUGGCAGGGAGAAAAUGCAACAAGCUUUCGAGACUGCCCGAGUGUUUCGGCCUCGUUUACUGAUUAAAGGAAAGGUUGGUAUGGGUCAGCAGUACCUUGCUGGCGCGCUGCUCAAUCACUUUGAAGGUCUCCAUGUCCAAGCAUUCGAUCUUCCUACCUUGUUGGGUGACAGCACGAGCUCUGCAGAGGCAACGCUUAUUCGACUGUUCACCGAGGUCAAGAUGCACAAGCCCAGUGUCAUUUACAUUCCGAAUGUGCACGACUGGUAUACCAGGGUCGGCGAUGUUGUCAUCAAAACAUUCUUGGGACUUCUGAGAGCUAUCAAGCCUACUGACCCUGUCCUGCUACUUGGUUAUGUUGAGGUCGACCCGGACUUGGUGGACGAAGAGAUGCAACGAGAUCUUUUUGGCUAUUCUACGAAGAACCAAUAUCUAUUGGAACCGCCCGAUAAGAACGAGCGGUAUGAGUUCUUCAGAGCGCUUAAAGACUACAUCAGAACAUCACCUGACGAGUUUCCACACCCGAAGAACCGCAAGAAGCGUCAACUGGAGCAACUUGAGGUGGCACCCCCAGAACCAGAGAAGGGGCCGGCUUCAUUGACCAAAGAGGAGCUGAAGGCACAGAAGAAGAAAGAUCGAUUGACCCUGAACAUGCUCAAGCUUCGAUUACAGCCUAUCAUGGAUCAGAUUCGAACAAAGUACAAGAAAUUUCGCACGGGUGUCAUUGAUGAAGGCCAAAUUCGCUAUCUCUAUGAUGAAGCUGAUCCGACCACUGUUACCUCUGACAUUCAUGCAGACAUGCAUGCUUCUUUCCGACCUUUCGAAAUUGGCAAAGACGCCCAUGGCGUUUUGGGUCUCGUGGAUCAAGCCAGCAACAACUUCUACUACAACCUUGAUUCCGUCACGAUCGAGAAGCGUCUGAGCAAUGGGUACUAUAAGCGACCAAAAGAUUUUCUCGCAGACAUCAAACGUCUAGCCAAGGACGCGAAGACAGUGGGUGACGAAGACCGGUUACUCAAGGCAAAUGAACUUUCUGCCAACGUCGAGGUUGAUAUUGCCAAUAUCGAGAUAACGGAACCUGCUCUGGCUGCAGAAUGUGAGCGCGUUUACGAGCGCGAGCUUGCCAGGGAGAAAGAAGUCUUGGAAAAGGCCCGAGUUGCAGAAGAGCAAAACAAGGAAAUGCCACCACCUGAAGUAGUGUCAAAUGUACCUCAUGGCAAUGCUUCGGGACCUUCGACACUGACGAAUUCCACUGGACCUAUUCUUCUUGGAGAGCCUAUGCAACGACGCCGAGAUUUCGUCCAACGACUGGCUCCAGCCGCUGGAGAGGGGACGUCGUCGGAAUCCGUGGUCACAAACGGCAUACAUCUGAGCCAUGAAGAACAGGCACAGACGGAGUUGACUAAUGGAUCACACUCGAAUCAUGACGGCAACGAAGCAGAUGCGGAAGGUGAUACACCGAUGGGUGGUGUAGACUCUCACCACACGUCCCACGACAAGAGUACCGAGACACAAAAGACGCACACCACAAGCUCUUUUGGUAAUCGUGAAUCCGCCCAACCCAGGCCGCUCCACUCUUACACAGCGCCCUCGCAACAAUUGCUGAAAGAAUCGGGAAUGUCUGCUCCCCGCUCACAAACAGGACCGUUCACGCCUCUGCCCCAAGGCACUCACCCCACAGAACUCCAGAACGACGCCAGCACAACCCAGUCCACAAGCCAGAAAAAGACGUCAUCCCACGACACCGAAGACCAUAAUCAGCACGACUCAGGUCCGAACCUGUAUCUUCUUGACGAGAGACGAUCCGCAGGAGGCAGUCAGAUCCCAUCUACCCAAGGUACGCGCAAACUUUCUUCCGAGGGCCCAUCCCUGGAACCUUCUGAGUUGUCCCGACUAAUUGCCCACCCAGGGAACUUACCUGCCUCGCAAGAAGUCAUUGACCCUCUGGCUGGCCCGGCUGGACGGCCCACAUCGUCGCACGGUCAAAGUCAGCCAGCGGAACGAUCUUCGCAACCACCCGUCCCGCUGUUCGAUGAUGCUGCCGAACGCAGACCAUCCAGAUCAAAUGGGCCUAGCGGGCCUGUCGACUUGUUGAACCCGCCGUCGCGGUCGUCUUCGCCGCGGCCGAACUUGGUGCAGGUCGAGGAACGAAAGUUGGAUAAUUUCCAUGCCGAGGUCCGGGAUCAGACGUCAGGUCUGUCGGUGGAGCAGUUGGAGCAGGUGAACUCCGUGUUGAUGGAUACGCUGUGGAAGACGCGGGAUCAGUGGGACCGAGGGCAGGUGCUGGAGGAGUUGAGUCUCAAAUUCAAUGAGGUUAUUGAUGAUAUGAGGAAGAGUGGGCAGGAGUUUGAGCCGGGGAGUUGGGGGAAGAAGAAUUGAUACAUUAAUAUCAUACCAGGCCUGACAAAAACCUACCUCUACGGAUCGUGCGACAGGGAUCGGGAGAUGUAAAACAGCGUUUACAAAUGAUUCGGACAUGUGAGUGCGAAAGCCAGUUGGACUGGUAUACCUGGCGAUUGUCAAGUCAGGGUACUAGA